GGAGUGAUUCGAAGCAUCUGAAAGUAUAUAUAGCAGUGGUGCAAGGUGAUCGCACACUCUUUGCUGCCACCGCUCGAUGAACAUCAAGGUGGUGUCCCUCCUGGCUGUGGCGGCAGCUGCCGCCGCCAUGCCACAGCAGUACGGCCAGCAGGAUUCGUACAACCCUUACUCCAGAGUGGCCUACAACCCAUACAAGCCACGCGAAGUCAAGUACGAGUACAAUUACGGACCGACCCAGUACUUCAAGAGAGAAACGACUCCUCCAAGACAAGGUUACGGUGUCCCUACCAGAGUGUUCAAGGGAAAAGGUACUGCUCAGGUGCAGGUUGCGGAUAGCUACAUCGCCGGCGCAGAUGACUUCAAGCAUGAGACUGCUGACAGCGAAGAGCACCAGCACCAGCACCAGUACCAGCAACAGUACCAGCAGCAGCACCAGCGCCAGCGCCAGCACCAGCAGCAGCACAAGCACCAGCGCCAGCACCAGAAGCAACACCAGCACCAGUACCAGCACCAGCAGGAGGAGCACCACCAACAGGAGCACCAACAGCAGAAGCAGUACCAGCAGCCGCACCAUCAGGAGCACCAACACCAGAAGCAGUACCAGCAGCCGCACCAUCAGGAGCACCAGCAGCCGCACCAUCAGGAGCACCAGCAGCAGCACCACAAGCAGCAGCACUCGCAGGAGCACCAGCAGCAGCACCACCCCCAGCAGCAGCACCAGCAGGAGCACCAGCAGCAGCAGCACCAGCAGGAGUACCAGCAGCAGCACCACCCCCAGCAGCAGCACCAGCAGGAGUACCAGCAGCAGCAGCACCACCAGCAGCAGCACCAGCAGGAGCACCAGCAGCAGCAGCACCAGCAGCAGCAAAAGCACCACGCCCAGGACCACUCGACACACAGCCACGACGAGGAGGAGCCCUGUGACUACCUAUUUGGCUCCGGCGCCUACAGCUCAUAUGACUUCUGGAAAGAGUCCAGCGAAUCAGAAGAGUCCGAUUCCAGUUCAAAGGAGUCCAAAUCCAAAGAGUCCAAAGAGCACAAGUCAAGUUCUUACAAGUCACAUAAGUCCAAAUCCGGUUCUGAAGAGUCAGAUGAGUCCAAAUCCGGUUCUCAUGAAUCUGAUGAGUCCAAAUCUAAAGAGUCUAAAUCUAAAGAGUCUAAAGAGUCAGAUGAAUCAAAGGAGUCCAAAUCUAAAGAGUCAAAGGAAUCUGAGUCUAAAGAGUCAAAGGAGUCCAAAUCUAAAGAAUCAAAGGAGUCCAAAUCUAAAGAGUCAAAGGAGUCCAAAUCUAAAGAGUCAAAGGAGUCCAAAUCUAAGGAGUCAAAGGAGUCCAAAUCUAAGGAGUCAAAGGAGUCCAAAUCUAAAGAAUCAAAGGAGUCCAAAUCUAAAGAGUCAAAGGAGUCCGAGUCAGGUUCUUACGAGUCCAGCUCUCAUGAACACCACUCUGAAAAGAAAAAGGAGACAAAGACAAAAUACAAGCUCGGGUCUCGUGAGUCGGGCGAGUCCACCUCCUUCUACUUGCCACUGUACGGCUUCAGACCCACCAACAACUACAAAUAUUCGGGUCACUCCAGCGAGUUUUACCACAGCUCUGAGGAGAAGAGUUCCCACAAACACGGGUCGCCUUUCAUCGCAAGUUAUAAACCCGAAAUAAAGUACAUGCCUGUGUAUAAUUACGGAACAUAUUCAUAGGGCUCCUCCGCCGGCCUGGUUGAGCCGGGCACGGCAUUAUUGUUGUAGUGUCUCAUCAAAAAUCUCAUGUGCUUCAUCUCAUGCUGCUGAUGUCAUGAUAGCCCUCUCUCGCUCAAGUAUCAUACAUAUCCUUUAUAUUUUUUAUAAUAAAUAUAAGAAUUUAAUCAAA